AUGCCAUUCUUCAAGCGUAACGACAACAUUUCCAUCUUCUAUUUGGAUGAGGGUCCUCAAGAGGCUCAAUCAGUUCUCCUCAUCCCAGGAAUUACAUGUGACCUCCACGAUUGGAACUGGCAAGUUCCAUUUCUUCUAGAACACGGGUUCCGUGUCAUCACUCCAGAUCCUCGAGGCCAGGGCCGUUCUUCCGCUCCGGCUCCGACUCCGGACAUCAAUGCCUAUCCCGGGCCGGAUGCGGACCCUUCAAUCAUCGACUACUACCCACAAACCGCUGCGCAAGACUUCAUUGCACUUCUUCGGGAUCUCAAUAUCAAGUCCGUUAUUCUGAUCGCUCACUCUCUUGGUACUGCCGUCGCUUACCAUCUCGUGUCGGUGCGUCCCGAUCUCACCCGCGCCAUGGUCAUCCUCGACCCGCUCCAUUCCGUCCCCGCUGCCACUGCGGAUGAAUACCUCGCCGACCCUACAAAGGUACUCCAAAACUUGGCCAUGCUCUUCGGCCCGGCUCUGUAUCCUCCAACAGUGCCCGCCUGGCAUAACACCUGGAUUGGCAGGCGUGCCGCGCAGGGGGAUAUGGGAGUUAUCCUCGCACAGUGUUCUGCCUGCUUGGGAGACCCCCAAGGAACUGGUCGACGGGAAGUGUCCGUCGCACAGCAUGAUGGGAAGAUUCAAUGCCCACGCCUGACGCUGGGGAACAGCGAGUUCUGGCUUAGCACGGAACGACUGGAUGAAGUUGGCCUCGUAGAGCAUUUAGGACACUGGUUCUUCCAACUGAAGAGCGAAGAAGUAAAUGAGCGACUCAACAAGUGGUUCGUCAAGAUUGGCGUCUUGUCUGACUGUUGA